AGUUAGAUUUUAAUUUAGCGACAAAGAACAUUAGGUCAUAUACAUUGAAUCAUGUCCGUAGAGCCGUAUAUGUGUAAAUGGAGAUCGAAUACCAUUGAAAAUUUCGAUAAUUUUAUGAAAGAAUUAGAGGUUGGGUUCUUACUUCGAAAAGCCGGUGGUAUGGCAACUACUUAUUACCAGCUAAGUUUGAAUGGUGAUACCAUCAACUUUAAAUACAAGAUUGCAACAAAAAAGGGUGACUUAUACUUUAAACUAAACGAAGAAUUUGACGAAGUCACACCAGAUGGCAGAAAAGUAAAAUCAACAUUCUUUAUGGAAGACGGCAAAUUUAAGCAAAUUCAAAAAGGAAAGCCUUACGAUGCUCAUGUUGAAAGGUCUAUUACUGAAGAUGGUCAACUUUUAGAAAUAGCUAUAAUGGCCUAUGUAAGUUUGCCCAUAAAUACAUAUCGUGGCUAUUUUGAAGCUCUUAGGAACGGUGAUAUCAAUUCUGUGACAACUUUCUUCGAUCAAGCUGAAGUUAACACUUAUGAUUUAAUCAAUGGAAAAUUCAUAAUUCCCAGAAGAAAAGUAUCUUUCUUGAUUGAAAGACCGAUUCACGUCGCUGUAUCUUCAGGAAAUAUUGAUCUAAUAAAGUUAUUAUGCAGGAAUGGCGUAGAUAUAACGGCAAUUGGGAGCAACGAUGAUAAUACCCUUCAUAUUAUAGCUCUUAUUAGUUCAAGAAAUCAAAAUAAUGAGCAAAUGUUUAUUAAUGUUUAUAACUAUUUAUUACAAGAAUUUGAUAUUGCAAUACUUGCAAAAUUGUUUAUGAGCGAAAACAAACAAGGUCUUCGCCCAGUAGAGUUAGCAGCCAAAGUUGGAGCCUAUAAAGUACUUUUAAGAUUUUUCGAAACUAACGGUGUUUAUAGGAAAUCCUGUAAAUUUCUGGGAUAUUAUCAAGAAAUACUCUACGAUAUAACAGAUUAUGAAACGACAAGGAAAACGAUUUAUUACUUAAGCUUAAUAAUUAAAAAAGUCUAG